AUGGGUUCUACAGGGCUAACGCUGGCGGACUUGCCCAAUAUUUGUAUUAUGAUAGGUGCUCUAAUAGCACUUUUUGUAAUGCUAGUCAUUCUUCUCAGGAACAUGGAAGUAAUAGGAAUAGUAGGUGAAGGCCGCGAGGACAGUUGGCCGCGGAACAUGCCGCCACCAAGACUUCUGAUGCAGAGGGUACAUAUACCUUUCACCUUCAAAGUUCUGGAGAAUGAACCCAUUAGUUAUUCCGGUGUAAACUGCUGCAUAUCUUCGACGGUUCGAUAUUGGCACGCGUGCUGGUGGGGCGCACCAGUACGAGAUCUACAUCAGACCCUGUGGGGAACACUCCCCGAGAUACUAGCAUCAAACCGCCUCAACUUCACCAGAAGUAACCCUCACGAUGAGAGGUUCCUCAAGCUGUCAUCAGACGAGGCGCUACAGCUUGGGCCACCACCACGAAGCUGUUAUCCUCUCGUGGUGAUUCUUGCACGCGAUCAAAGGGAUACUACAGAAUUGCGACCUGAUGAUACGGUGGCACUAGUCAGUAUAGUUCACAUAAAGGACGACCAAUGCCCUCUACCCAGUGGUGUAAUCGCUCAAUAUUUAAAACAGGCCAACGGGCACUUGUCUUGUUUGAAGCAACUCUACGUCUCCGGCGAAAUGGCGGAUGUAGAUGAGGGUUAUAGAUCGAACGGCGAAGCUUUGUGCUGCGUGUGCGCCGCGGCACCGCUGUCUCGCGCGCUUUUGCCUUGUCGACACGCGUGCCUUUGCGCGGGUUGUCUUCCUAAACUUGACAAGUGCCCCAUCUGCCGCAGCAUGAUCACGAGUUACUUCUGUAUUAGAAACGAAGAGGAGCCCCGUUCAGACAAGCAGCAACAUUACCCCAUCAACAGACGAAUACUCAACCUGUUCCAUUAUCACUAG